AUGAAGUUCACACCAACUGUGAUACUGGAUGCACCAAGUUAUUAUGUUGAUUUUUUUCAUAAGAAGCAGAACGUGGACAAAUGUACUAUCUUACGAGAUCUUGAUUUAGAGAAUGAUUCUGUUGUGAUGCCAUCGUGUAUGGCCUUAUUGACCAGACCAACACAUAUACUAGAUCUUACAAAUAAUAGUCUAAUAGAUUUCCCAGAUCUUCAUGAUAGAACCGAUAUACAUACGUUAUUAUUGGGACGAAAUCGAAUAAAUGGAACAAUCAAUGGUAAGAGACUUCCGAAAGACUUGAAAAAUUUAGUACUGGCCAGUAAUGACAUUAAAGAAUUAAGCGAAUUAAAUGGACUACAGAGUGCUCCAAAAUCACUUAAUACUAUAUCCCUCCUUGGGAAUCAGAUAUGCCAUUUGGAAGGUUAUAGGACCUAUGUUUUAACUAUAUUACCCAAUCUACGUAACCUUGAUUUUACAAAAAUUUCAGACCUAGAAAGGACAAACUUAAAAAAGAAGCCUGUUCUAAUAAUAAAGAAUGAUAAAAACACAAAAGUAGUUAAAUCUAAAAAAUCUCAUGAUAAAUCUACUGAAAUGAUGAACUUUGUAGUUAAUAAGAUGACCGAUGAAAGAAAACUAGAAUUGAAGAAACAAUUAGCUGAAGCUGUAUCUUUGGAUGAAAUCAUUAAAAUUGAAAAACAAUUAGCUGGAGGGAUCUAG